UCUCCAGUCGAGCAGCACCUCCUCGCGCGGGUUUAGAAGUGGAGAUUUCGAAAUUUUUGCUGGCACGUGUCUGAGCUGCUGUCACUCUAGAGAAACUGAUGAUGUAUCUAACUUUCAUACGAUUUUGUAUUAUGUGCAUGGUGUUGAUAUCAUAUGCACAUGCGUUCCAGAAUUUCACAGGUCACAGAUUAAUCGGAAUGGUUCCACGAAACCAAGAGGAAGUGACGGCGCUUCGAGAUUUCAUGGACGAUCCGGAGGUAUUCCAUGGUAGACUUCUGGUUGGAGCCAACUCUUGAGAUGCAGAACGUCACGAUUCACGUAUCUCCAGAAGGUUCUCCGAAAUUGGAAAAUUCUCUUCGAAACAUGGGGCUUAAAUUUUACACCAUUACAUAUGAUCUGGAAGAGUGGAUCGAGAGGGAAAGGGAAGAUAAUUACCCGGGAAGUCAUUUGCAAGGCCGGACCAGUGGAUUCGCCUUCGACGUCUAUCACCCUUUGGACGAGAUAGUCGCUUACUUGGAUGAUGUCAGCAGGAAAUAUCCCAAUCUCACGAAGCUUAUGAAUAUGGGCGACACUUUUGAAGGAAACAUCAUUUAUUUACUCAAAAUCAGUUCCGGUGGCAACGACACACGCCCCGCAGUGUGGAUAGACGCAGGUAUUCACAGCAGAGAGUGGAUUGCUCCUGCAACCGCCCUCUACAUGAUCAACCAUCUGUUGAUGAACUACGGUAAUGACGAUUACAUCACGGACCUCGUCGACAGUCACGACUGGUACAUUAUGCCGCUGGUAAAUCCUGAUGGAUAUCUGCAUACUUGGAACUGGAAUAGGCUGUGGAGAAAAAACAGAGCAUUGCCGACCGGUUUUCCCGGUGUAUUCAUUUGCCGAGGGAUCGAUCCUAAUAGAAAUUUUGAUAUAUUUUUUGGAGGUCCCAGCACUAGUUCUACUCCUUGUUCGUCUAUCUACAAAGGAGACCACCCUUUCUCGGAGGCCGAGAGUUCGGCCAUCAGAGAUGGCGUGAUGGCCUUGAAAGACAGGAUGCAGGCCUACUUUUCUCUGCACUCCUACUCGCAGAUCUGGAUGACACCCCAUGGAUAUACCACCCUUAAAGCUCCUCAUUUCGAUGAACACAUGGAAUUAUUAACUGUGGCAAUUACAGCGGUGGAAGCAGCCCAUGGAAUGCCUUACAGAUAUGGACCUUCAGCACAAACUUUAUAUGCUACCAGCGGCAGUGCGUCUGACUGGGUGUAUGAUGUGGCGGGGGUGAAGAACAGCUUCUCAGUGGAGCUCCGUGACAAGGGCCGCUUCGGAUUUCUCCUGCCAAGGACAGAAAUCCUGCCCACCAGUGAAGAGACAUGGGCUGGCAUCUCGGCAGUUAUCUCUCAUCUGCAGGCUAAAGAGAAAAACAAAGUAACCAAGAAGAACACCGUCUCGACAACAACGACAGCCCCAACAACAAAUCCAUCCACAUCUGGCAAUGUUUCGUACUCAUCUUGAUCAUGUACAGAAGCAAUGCGUCUGAUGCCGAGGUGCUUUUUUGAUUUAGAUCAUGUUCAAAAUGUUUCACCACUAUAACGGCACAAGAAAUCUGUUGUAGGUUACUUACAUUUUCGAAUAGAAUGGUAGAAAUGGAGAUAAAAAAGAUUCUCUUGGAGUGAAAAAAGAAUUAUCAGUGAAUGUGUGCUAGAGACCUCAUUAGGGAUCUACUUUGGAUCAAAUAGUUAACAAAAGAACUUAUACCCCGAUUUUUUCUUUUAUCAAUGCACACAAAAUCCUUCAAUACUCCGAGAUCAUUUCAGAUGACAUUUCGCUUUCCUUUCAGAGAGUAACUAUCCAAUUUCUGACGCUUUCUAAGGAAGACUUUAAAAAUUUUACUUUUCAAAAAAAAGUUCAUAUGAUGGCAAUGCUAUAAUAUAAAAUUACAGCAUUCUGCAUUAAGAGUCUGUGAUAAAAAAGUAUAAAGGCAAUAUUACUUCUUUAUGAUAAAAUCUUAUAAAGAUUUUUGAACUAUGAU